GUGCGCGCAACAAUUCAGCUGCGUCAACGCCUCCAAGCCCUUGCACAACAACACCCAUAAGUCAUGUCUGAAUUGCCACAAUGGGGACGCAGGGGGUGUUACUCAAAGGGGUCUCUUGUAUAAUCCAGGUUGAAAAGAGAGAACGGCCCUAAUUUGAGUCAGGAUCAUCAUCUCUACGUCGUCGUUGUAGAUUUCGACACGUCCUCCUGGCUGAGCUCACAACUUGGGUUGUCACCUUCCUUCUCCUUCGUUUGGACAGCAUUCUUCACCGUCGGCCUCAGGGAAGCCAGAGUGAUAGAAGAACGCCACGUCGCUCACCUGGAGGACACCUGCACACAGGUUUGAUCUCAAAACAUCUUGUUCUUUUUAGAAGACCUCAAGGGCUACCAGCAUCGGGAGAAAAUGGUCCUAUUGAAGACCUCUUUUUUGAUCUUAUGCUCUCUGUCUCAAGCCACAGGUUGUUUCCGACUCAUCACCCCUUCGAAAUGGGGAGCCAAGGUGGCCAACUGCUCCCAGCCGUUGAGGGACAUCCCGCCCGAGUAUGUGGUCAUCAUCCACACGGCCGGCAACCCUUGUCGGACUCACGCCGACUGCCGCAACGAAGUCAAGAUGAUCCAGAACUACCACAUGAACCUCAAAGGAUGGUGUGACAUCGCGUACAGUUUCCUGAUUGGUGAGGAUGGAUACGUGUACGAAGGACGGGGUUGGCGCAAUGAAGGAUCCCACACCUACGGCUACAACGACCUCUCCUUGGGGAUUGCCUUCAUCGGCACUUUUGUGGAACGAUCCCCGGAAGACAAGGCUUGGAAAGCUCUUAGGUGCUUCCUCGAUUUCUCGGUGAAAAUCGGCUACCUGUCGCCCGAAUACAUAUUGUUGGCUCACAGCGAUGUCAGUGACAUGGUAUCUCCUGGAGAAUUUAUCCGGGCCGAGAUUGCCAAGUGGCCAAAUUACAAGCAUUCCCUUUACAUUUUGAAUCAUGGUGGACAAUAAACCUCACCGAUCAAGAAAAUAAUCUGAUUUUCUUUCAAAAUGAAGACAAUGAACGAAUUUUCCUUCUUGAUCACGAAAACGAACAAAUUUUCCUUCUCGAUCAAGAAAAUGAACGAAUUUUCCUUCUCAAUAAAGAAAAUGAAUGAA